AUGGGCUGGCAACGAUCUUUUACAGGCUUAGAAUCGGCAAGAGUUCGUGUCAUUUACAUCAACGACCCACUUAGGAACCCUUUCUGCCUAAACUGGAUCAGCACGGCCAAGUACAGCCUGUGGUCCUUCCUGCCUCGAUAUCUGUACCUACAGUUUAGCAAGGCGGCCAAUGCUUUCUUCCUGUUCAUCACUAUAUUGCAGCAAAUUCCAGAUGUGUCUCCUACAGGAAAAUAUACGACUCUCGUGCCUUUGGUGGUUAUUCUUACUGUUUCGGGCAUUAAGGAAAUCAUUGAAGAUUAUAGACGACAUAUGGCAGACCGAUUAAUUAAUACGAAGAGCACAAUAGUGUUAAGACAGGAUUCAUGGAGCUCAAUUAUGUGGAAACAGGUCAGUGUGGGUGACAUCGUGAAGGCUUCGAAUGGCGAGUUCCUGCCUGCAGACAUGCUCCUCAUUUCUUCCAGUGAACCUCAGUCAAUGUGUUAUGUUGCAACAUCUAAUCUGGAUGGAGAGACAAAUCUAAAGAUACGACAGGCUUUGCCAGAUACAGCUGACAUGCAAACAGAGAAACAACUGUCAAGUCUAUCUGGAAAAAUAGAAUGUGAAGGGCCUAAUUGCCAUUUCGACACCUUUGUUGGAACCUUGUACCUACCUGGCAAAAGCCCUGUUUCAAUUGGGCCUGACCAGGUCUUGUUAAGAGGAACCCAACUUAGAAACACUCAGUGGAUCGUUGGCAUCGUGAUUUACGCUGGCUUUGACACCAAAUUCAUGCAGAAUUCUGUCAAAUCGCCCCUCAAGAGAUCCAAGGUUGAGAAAGUGACCAACGUGCAGAUCCUCGUGCUGUUCAUGAUGCUGCUGGUCAUGGCCUUGAUCAGCUUUGUGGGAGGAGUGAUAUGGAAUCAAAGUUACGGUGCAAAUAUCUGGUACCUAAAUAAUGACAUCAACGCCCACAGCUUUGCUUUGGACAUUUUGGUGUUCAUCAUCCUGUACCACAACCUCAUUCCCAUCAGUCUGCUGGUGACUCUGGAAAUUGUGAAACUUAUUCAGGCCCUGUUCAUAAACUGGGAUGAAGAUAUGCAUUAUAAAGUAAAUGAUGUCUAUGCCGUGGCUAGAACAUCCAAUCUUAAUGAAGAGCUUGGGCAGGUCAAAUACUUAUUUUCUGAUAAAACAGGAACACUUACUUGCAAUAUUAUGACAUUUAAGAAGUGUACCAUUGCAGGUAUAAUGUAUGGAGAUUCAGAGCCGAGCGAUGUCAUCACAGAAGAGAACAGUCAGUCACCUCCCACCACAGACACCUGUGAAUUCAAUGACCCCAGCUUACUGGAGAAUUUAAAGAACGGCCAUCCCACAGAAGACUAUAUAAGGGAAUUUCUCACCCUGCUGAGUGUGUGCCACACCGUUUUUCCAGAGAGUGAUGGAGAUAAUAUCAUCUACCAAGCUUCCUCUCCAGAUGAAGCCGCUUUAGUGAAAGGAGCAAAACAUCUUGGCUAUGUGUUCACUGCCAGAACGCCAUACUCGGUGACCAUCGAUGCUAUGGGUCAGAAGUGCAUUUUCAAAAUCCUUAAUAUCCUGGAAUUUUCUAGUAAUAGAAAAAGAAUGUCCAUCAUUGUCCGGACUCCGAUGGGACAGCUCCGGCUCUACUGCAAAGGGGCCGAUUCAGUGAUUUAUCAGAGACUUUCAAAAUAUUCUCUGUUUGUGAAUGAGACAUUGCUCCAUCUGGAAUAUUUUGCCAAAGAAGGUCUGAGAACUCUGUGUCUUGCGUAUGCAGAUUUAACCGAGGAGGAGUACCAGCGGUGGUUGAAUGAUUACAAGAUGGCUAGUGUAUCUUUGCAAGAUAGAAUUCAAAAAGUGGAAGAAUGUUAUGACAAGAUUGAAAAGAAAUUUAUGCUGCUUGGAGCCACAGCCAUUGAAGAUCGACUUCAAGCACGUGUUCCAGAAACCAUAACAACUUUACUGAGAGCGAACAUAAAAAUAUGGGUCUUGACAGGAGACAAGCCAGAAACUGCAAUUAACAUAGCAUAUUCCUGCAAGUUGAUAACAGGUCACAUGCCUCGUAUUCACUUGAAUACAAAUUCAUUUGAGGCAACAAAACAAGUGAUUAGUCAGAACUGUCAAGAGCUUAGAAAGUUGCUAGGUAAAGAAAAUGAAGUGGCCCUAAUUGUUGAUGGCGAAGCUCUCAAGUAUGCCCUCAGGUCUGAAAUCAGGAGGAACUUUCUCAGAUUGGCUGUGUCGUGUAAAGCAGUACUAUGCUGUAGGCUCUCUCCCCUCCAGAAGGCUGAAAUCGUGGAUGUGGUGAAGAGACAUGUUAGUGCCAUCACCCUGGCCAUCGGGGAUGGAGCCAAUGAUGUGGGGAUGAUUCAGACAGCCCACGUGGGAGUGGGUAUCAGUGGGAAUGAGGGUAUGCAAGCCACCAACAACUCGGACUACGCCAUUGCACAGUUUAGCUACUUGGAGAAGCUUCUGUUGGUUCAUGGAGCUUGGAGUUACUUUCGAGUAACCAAAUGCAUAUUGUAUUGCUUCUAUAAGAACGUGGUGCUAUAUGUCAUUGAGCUCUGGUUUGCCUUCGUGAAUGGAUUUUCUGGGCAGAUAAUCUUUGAACGUUGGUGCAUCAGUUUGUACAAUGUGAUUUUCACGUCAUUACCACCUUUAACUCUGGGAAUCUUUGAACGGUGUUGCAGUAAGGAAAGCCUGUUCAAGUAUCCAGAACUCUACACAAUUUCUCAGACGGGAGAGAUUUUCAACACCAAGGUGUUUUGGAUUCAGUGUAUGAAUGCUUUGGUCCACUCCUUCAUUCUCUUCUGGUUUCCUGCAAAAAUGCUACAGCACGAUAUGGUUUUGCAACAUGGGCACACUACAGACUAUUUGUUUCUUGGGAAUUUCAUUUAUACGUACGUAGUUGUUACUGUUUGUCUGAAGGCUGGAUUGGAGACAAUGUCCUGGAACAAAUUCAGUCACUUGGCGAUUUGGGGCAGCAUCAUCUCGUGGAUGGUGUUUUUCGUGGCUUACUCUUACUUCUGGCCCACCGUUCCCAUUGCUGCUGAUAUGAGCGGCCAGGCCAAUAUGGCCCUGAUCUGUCCACACUUUUGGCUGGGUUUUUUGAUAGUUCCUACUCUGUGCCUGAUCCAAAAUGCAUUGUGGAAAGUGCUGAGAAAUACCUGCAAUAAAUCUUUUCUAGAAGAAGUUCGAGAGAUGGAACGUAGCAAAGGUCCAGAACGCGAUCUCUCUAAAAUGCCAGAAAGGAGGGUGCAAGCAGCAAGUCUCGACGUGGUCUUAGAGAACACUUCUGUUGAUCUCAGUGCCCCCCUCUCUUACAAUGUAAAUGUUCCAUGA